AUGUCGAAUACCGACUCCGAAACGAAAGAAACCUCCGUCGAAAAGAGAUGGCGACAGGUACACCAACCCGGAAAUCGGGUAGCGGUGGAUGCUGACAGAAACAGGGACAGCGACCAAACCGACGAACGAUCCCCACAAGCCUCAGAAUCACCUGGAUCACUCGCGCAUCGCGACAAAGCGGGCUACAACACCUUGGAUGGGACCCCAUCGACCAAGGUGGACGAUGCCUACGCCGCCCAACUUGCCACACACAAUGGGACCUACGUCCAAUUCAUGAAACCGAAAUUCGCACGAGCACCGAUCAAAGAAGCAGGCAGGGUCGCAUAUCUGGGAGAAUCGUCGAAUUUGACCUUACUAGUGCACGAUCGAUACGGCUCUACCGAUGUCGUUCAUUAUCCGCUCCCCGACAACGUGCGAGGCGCGAAAGCCCGAGUCAGCGACUUGGAUAACAUGGAAGUCGAGAUAUUGCACCAACGGGGGGCCUUUCUCCUGCCACCUAGGGCGCUAUGCGACGAACUAGUUGAAGCAUACUUCAAAUGGGUGGCGCCAGUGGUGCCAGUGAUCAACCGGAACAGGUUCAUGCGACAAUAUCGAGAUCCCAAAAACCCGCCAUCAUUACUCCUAUUGCAAGCUAUCCUCCUGGCUGGAUCCCGCGUUUGCACAAAUUCGCAAUUGAUGGACUCCAGUGGCUCAACCACUCCAGCGGCAAUGACAUUCUACAAGCGAGCAAAAGCCCUGUACGACGCGAACUACGAGGAUGACAGAGUCACUAUUGUUCAAGCCGUCAUCCUCAUGGGAUGGUAUUGGGAAGGCCCUGAAGUAGAUGUGACGAAAAAUGUCUUCUACUGGAGCCGGGUCGCAAUUGUCGUUGCACAAGGGUCGGGGAUGCACCGAAGCGUCGAAGGAACACAACUCACUCGAUCCGACAAGCGGCUAUGGAAACGAAUUUGGUGGACCCUGUUCGCUCGUGAUCGGUCGGUUGCCGUUGCGCUGGGAAGGCCAGUUGCCAUCAAUCCUGAGGACUCCGACGUCGAGAUGAUAUCGGAAGACGACUUCAUCGAGGACGAGCCAGAUCGACCCUCCGAAUUCGCACCUGAUCCAGUUCAUGUCCAGUUUUUCAUUCAUUACGUCAAACUUUGUGAGAUUAUGGGUCUUGUCCUUUCUCAGCAGUACUCUGUUGCGUCGAAGUACAGACGGACGAACGCCAUCGAUCUUACGCACAGCGAUAUGGCUCUUGCCGACUGGCUCCAGCACUGCCCCAAAGAAGUGUACUGGGAGCGGCCGCGGCACCACUUCUGGGCUGGCUUGUUGCACGCCAAUUAUUAUACGACGCUCUGCCUGCUACACAGAGCACAUAUGCCUCCUGCCGGAUCUCCCAAACCGGGCCCGCAGAACGGUUUCCUGGAAGAGAGAGCAUAUCCAUCGAGGAACAUUGCGUACGAAGCGGCGGGAAUGAUCACCUCGAUCAUUGAAAGCUUGCAAGCCCAUGACGAAUUGAGAUAUACCCCUGCGUUCAUUGUCUAUAGUCUGUUCUCUGCUUUGAUUAUGCACGUCUACCAAAUGAGAUCAUCAAACAAGUCGGUCGUUUCUGCUACUGAGCAAAGACUUCAAGUUUGUAUGAACGCCCUCAAGGAGGUUUCCAAGGUCUGGCUUGUAGCGAAGAUGGUACAUACUCUCUUCGAAUCCAUCCUUGGGAACAAACUCCUCGAGGAACGUCUCCAAAAGGCGGCUGGCAAACGACACAAAAAGCAACCGAAGAUGAAGGAAGAUCCUUCGACGUCGAAGCGGAAAUUUCAUGACAUGGAUGUGGGUUUCAAUGGUCCGCCUGCCCCGCAAGUUUCUUACGAGCGCUCGCGCCCACAGACUCCAUCCGGUGUCCCAGCGCCACAAGAAGAGCAACCGCAGGCAGCACCGCAGCAAGCGCAGUCCGGUGCUUCCCAGCAAACGAUGCCAACCAUCACAUCCGCUUCGCCCCAUCUGCCACGACAGAACACUGAUGCGUUCAUGGGCGGACCGACGAACUCUCGUGGCGAUACGCGUCCUACCACUCCUUUCAACCCCAGCUUCUCAUACCCGGGGACCCCACCCGACCUCUUCCUCGUCACGCGCAACUCGCCGAACAUCUCGCACGACGUCUGGCAGAACUUCCAGCCCGACCAGCUCUUCCCCGCCGACACCGUCUCGUUCCCGCAGAUCUCGCCGGCCACACAGUCGAUCGUCGAUCCGCAGCUGUCCCGCCAGCAGUCCAUCCCGCAGCAUAUUCAAAUGCAACCUGGCGGCAGCCAGAUGCCCACUCAGCAGCAGAUGCAGAAUGACAUGCAGAUGAACCCCGGGAUGACGCCGCACCAGAACGAUCCGCAGAGUUGGAACACCCACGUCGAUGCGAUGAACCAGGGAUCGGGGAAUGAGGAUACCUGGAGUAACAGUAGUCGGGGUGGCCCGAUUGUGCCUAUUGCCUUGAAUGUGGAAGACUGGUACGUUAUAUUUUCCCGCUCAACACUGAUCUGAGCAUCCGUGGCUUGUUCUGCCUCUUCUUGAAUGAUUCUAACCCACAUGA